CCGUGCACCUGAGUCCAGCUGUGAAGGGCGCGACCACUCCACCCCUAUUGGCCAGGAACUCUGUCAACAGGCCCCCCUGCAGGUUCCUGAUGAUGGACUUUGUCACAGCGGUCCUGACCUCAAAGGCAGUGUGACCCCUGAAGUCAGGGUUCUCCGCUCUCGAGUCAUAACAUUUGGUGGUGAUAGCAGUGCAUUGGUGGUCAGCCCUGAAGUUCGCCCCGAAGCCGACAACAUCCGCAGGAAUUUACGGCCUCGGGCCACUCUGAGGGUUCCUGUUCUUUACAGAAAUACCCGUGGGUCCAGUUCUGAUAGCAGCAGCCGUCCAACACAGCGCAGAAGCAGCCGCACUGCAUCCAGGCUUGGCUCUGACCACCAACGAAGCCAUAAAAUAAAGAUGGAGCUGAACCUGGAGCCGGAACCGGAGCUGGAACCAGAACCAGAAUCAGAAUCAGAGCCAGAAUCAGAUUCAGAGCCAGAGUCAGAAUCAGAGCUGGAGGAAGAGGCAGAGCCAGAACCUGGUCCAAGCAGCCGUGCACAAGCAAGGCUUUCCACCUUUAGGCCUGCAGUUCGAAGGAGAUCCACACGCUCUCCUCCAAGACGCCCAGUCCGUAUGCGGGCCUCUUCCCCUUCUCCUCCUGGUAGGCUCUGUCAUUUCCCUGGGCAGUAUAAUGAAGGUGCCAGUUCUUCCUCCUCAUUCACCAACGAGGAUGUCUCCUGUGUUUCAGGUUCCCCUUCUUUCCCCAAUAAGUCACCAGAACGGGGCUCCUCAUCUCCAUCAGGUGACUUAAGCUCUGUCUCUGGUCCUAGUCCUGAUACCCUUUGGCGUGCCUUGAUACCUGACCUGGAUAACCUUGAUUCUUCCCCUUCUGGAGAGUCAGAGGAAGAAAUAGAGAUUGCCCCUCACCCUCCUGCAUAG